GACUCAGGGGGCCCCCAAAAGCUGGACUCCCCAAGAUUGGCAGCCGUGCACCAGUUGGACCAUUGUCGUCCACGGUCCCGGGACUCUGGAACCCAUGAUUGCAAUAAUAGAUAAUCCUUCUACUCCUCCCCCUCCGAUUUGGGGUUGGAGACAGGCUGUGUCCAACAGUGUUUGCUCUGAUUGUUGUUCGUGGCUCAUUGUCGUCGUCGUUUUGCAACGGCCAUCCCCCAUUCCCAUACCCAUGCCAUACCGCCCAAUACCUACCUCACCGAACCGCCAUCCAUGUGUUGUGUUUGCAGAAUGGCCUGCUCACUCCACGGCAAGUCCUCGGCGUCAAGCCAGAGUCGGUGUGAUUCUGGGAUGCAGAAUUGAGUGUCCUUUUGGCCACCCACCUACUUCUCCCCACACACACACACUCACAUACCCGCCUCAAAUCUCGCAGGAAAUGCGCAUCGUAAUCUUUCAGGUUGUUGCUCGAGAUACCUUUCUGAUUUGGGAGAGACACACACAUCGCUACGUUGUACCCGCUGAUGAGAUGGAGGGACCGAUAAAUGGCCGCCGAUGGAUGGCCACGCGGUAGUCGUCGACUGCAGCCGCCUUACCGCCGCCUCCCAGGGUCUGGAAAGACGGUUUGUGGGGCCGCCGUCGUGUCGAGUCUCGACAACCCGCUCACUCUCUUGCGGGGGCCC